CUCAGGUCUCUAGCUCGCAGGGAGCCAAAGGUAACCCAGGGAACCCCAGAGAGAGCCGGUCCAGCCCGACACCGCUCUGAUCUGACUUGUACGGCCCCUCCCUUGUGUGUGUGUGUGUGUGUGUGUGUGUGGAGGGCCCACGUGAGCAAGUGCAGGCUGAUGAAGGGGUCAGAUGCCUGGUGGGCGGGCCAUGCUCACACCCCAGGUCAAGGCUGGCUGGGAGGGACAGGGUGUGCUGGGGUGGCCCUCUUGUCCCCAAGAUUCAUCCCGAGCCCUGCAGGUGGAUGUCACUGUGUCCCGGGCGCAGGGCUGUGCGCACUCAGAAAUCAACGGAUGAAAUCGGGAGGCGACUGUCGGAAUCCCGCUUCACCUGCCCUACAGAGGUGUGCGUGUGCCCCGUCGCCCAGGAGGGCCACCCUGGACCCGGGGAGAGAGUGGCCGCACGGAGGUCUCUGGAAGCAGGGCCUGGAGAUGGCCUGGGAGGGCCUCCCUCACCGCCCGGGCCCCUCCACAGGGUCCUGGCUCAGCGGUCCUGGGACCAGGACCCGGAGCCCCCGGAGCCCCCGGAGCCUGAGCCCGAGGAGUCCGGGGCAGGAGCGGAAGCCGGUGCGGCUCCAGAGCCCGACCCAACAGCCUCGGGGGCCUCGGCGGCUCUGGAGGCAGGGGUGGCGUCUGGAGCGACUCCUGCAGGGGCCCGGCAGCCAGCAGGUGACCUGGGACCUGUGCCGGGACAGCGGGCGCCUGGGCAGAGUCAGCUGGGUCCUGCUUCUGCUCCUGCUGCUUCCACUGUUCCUGCUUCUGCUCCCAACACCCUUCCUGCCACCACCCUUCUCCCCGCCCCUGCCACCUCUCUUCUCCCUGCCCCUGCCCCCGCCCCCGCCCCCGCCCCUGCCACCGCCCUUGCUCCCACAUGGAUGCCAGCCACUGAUCAAGGGCCUGAGGGCCUACACGGGGUGUUUAUUUUAUUUCUAAUUGUUCCAAUCCCCGACCCUGACACCCUACCACAAUGUCUCUUCCUCUUCUCCCUUAUGCUUUCUCUCCUCUUCUUUUUAGCUGUGACUUUAUUUCUUCACUGUUGGCUUAUCAUCCAUAUUGAUCUUCAAUAAAAUUUUUAUUUACUUUA